AAGCUCGAAGACUAAAACUCAGCUCGCAGAGACCCUUACCCGGGAAGAGAAAAAUCUGGUGGUAGUUUUUCCUCCACUGUCUUCUCUCCCACAAACCAGCCCAACUUUUUUUUAAAUCAAACAAAAAAGCACAGCUUGAACGAAGCACAGUAGCAAAAGCCAAAAAAUCGUAACAUUUUCUUCGCGAAAGAUAAACAAGAACCAAUUUCACCCCUCUUUCCUCUAAUCGACAAGGUGGACGUGAAUCCUUCUUCAAUUUGCUUUCUCUUGCAAGGAAGCUAUAAUCCAUUGGACGCUCUUAAGGAUUAUGGUUCAGAAGUUUCCAGCUGCAUCUUUAGCAUCAUGGAAUGCAUCUCAGAGGGGUGUUUUCCUUUGCAUAUUGGAGCAUACCAGGCCUCAACUGGGAGCCUCUAGCUCAUAUUCUCCUCGGUUGAAGCAGGUCAGGCAGGAAAAUACUACAAUUACAACAGGGAUUCGCUGUUGUGGAGGUCAGAGACCUGCUAAAAAAUUCAACUCCAAUAAACAAGAAGCACGUCGUCAAAAUGUGGAUCUUCCUCUGAUAUUGCCCAAGGGAAAGAAGAAACCCUUUCCUAUCCCCCUGGAAAAAAUGCUGCAGGCUUCUAGGGCGGACAAGAAGCUAGCACAAAGAGGAAUAGAAAAGCCCCUCAAGCCUCCAAAAAAUGGACUACUUGUUCCUGAUCUAAUUCCUGUUGCUUAUGAAGUACUGGAUGCUUGGAAAGUUCUUAUUCGAGGAGUUUCACAGCUCUUGCAUGUUCUUCCGGUCCACGGAUGUAGCGAGUGCUCAGAAGUUCACGUUGCUCAAAGUGGUCAUGACAUUCAGGAUUGCCUGGGCCAAAACAAUGCAAGGCGCAGAAGCUUCCAUUCAUGGGUCAAAGGAUCCAUCAAUGACAUACUUGUCCCUAUGGAGUCAUACCAUAUGCAUGAUCCUUUUGGUCCUCGCAUAAAACACGAGACUCGGUUUAGCUACGACAGAAUUCCAGCAGUUGUGGAGCUAUGCAUCCAAGCAGGCGUUGAAUUACCAGUUUACCCUUCACGACGUCGCACCAAGCCCAUCCGGAUGCUCGGAAGCAAAGUGAUUGACCGAGGUGGAUUUGCCGAGGAGCCCAAACUGUCUCACUCUGUGGAUCCCACUUCACUGCUUGCAGAUAUUGACACGUAUGGAGCAUUAGAGCGAUACCCAACUCCCACCGAGGAAGAAAUGCCUCACAUUGCGCAGGAAACCAUUGGCGCAUAUGAGAAAGUCAAAUGGGGUGUGACCAAGUUGAUGAGGAAGUACACAGUGAAGGCCUGUGGAUAUUGUUCUGAGGUUCACGUGGGGCCGUGGGGUCACAAUGCUAAGCUUUGUGGGGAAUUCAAGCACCAAUGGAGGGAUGGAAAGCACGGUUGGCAGGAUGCAACUGUGCAUGAAGUGUUCCCACCAAAUUAUGUAUGGCAUGUUCAGGAUCCAAAAGGGCCUCCAUUGAGAAGUGCACUUAAGAGGUUCUACGGAAAGGCACCUGCUGUAGUUGAGUUGUGCAUGCAGGCGGGUGCUCAAGUUCCUGAUAGGUACAAGCCUUUGAUGCGGCUUGAUAUUGUUGUUCCAGAAAGCGAAGAAGCUUUCUUAGUUGCGUAGCGAUGUAUAUAAGGAUGGCAAAAACUUUCUAUCCGUGAAGCAUUCUACUGGUCGUAAUGUUGAAUAUUCCCAGAAGAAAAGAUAAGAGAUUCCAAAUUAGAGACUGCACGGAAGACCGCUCAAAUGCCGGUGGGUCUUUAGUGUGGUUCCCACCAGCCUUGUGUGAGAGUCAAUGGUUUAGACGGUCAAAAAAUUGGUGUAAAUAGCAUUGUUGGAUCCUAUAAUUCAGAAUUUGUGCAAGAGUUCUGGUUGAUGACUGCAUAUACAUGUCUGGUUUACUGUAGAAUGCCGUAUUUGCUGGAUGUUAUGUAUGUUUAUGGACCCUGUAGUUUCUUGAUUUGCAAUAUACAUCAUGUUGAUUUAACUAUGGUUUUUAAGGGGUUUUCAACUCCCCUACCAUAGUGAAAAUAGUGUUUCUUUUUUUCUGGAAAAA